UGAUUGGCCGGUGAGGAGCUAGGCUUCUUCCCUCGAUCUCGCGUUGUCAGCGCGUUGCAUCACCUCCGCGCGCCGGCUCAUAGCUCUCUUGCCGGCAGAAUUGCUGCUAGACUUGCUGGCCCGCGCGGCUAUCCAGCAACAAAAUGGUUCAACAAGUUCCAGAAAACAUAAAUUUUCCUGCUGAAGAAGAAAAAAUCUUGGAGUUUUGGACUAAAUUUAAUUGUUUUCAGGAAUGCUUAAAGCAAUCGAAACAUAAACCAAAAUUUACUUUCUAUGAUGGUCCUCCUUUUGCAACUGGACUGCCUCAUUAUGGACAUAUACUUGCAGGGACAAUUAAAGAUAUAGUUACAAGAUAUGCUCACCAGAGUGGGUUUCAUGUUGACAGAAGAUUUGGAUGGGAUUGUCAUGGCUUACCUGUGGAAUAUGAAAUUGAUAAGACACUAGGAAUCAGAGGACCAGAGGAUGUGGCCAAAAUGGGGAUUGCAGAGUAUAACAGUCAGUGCCGAGCAAUUGUGAUGAGAUAUUCUACUGAGUGGAAGUCUACCGUUACCAGACUUGGCCGGUGGAUUGACUUUGACAAUGACUACAAAACUCUUUAUCCAGAAUUCAUGGAAAGUGUCUGGUGGGUCUUCAAACAACUCUAUGAUAAAGGCCUUGUUUAUAGAGGUGUGAAAGUCAUGCCCUUCUCUACUGCAUGUAACACUCCACUUUCCAACUUUGAGUCACACCAGAAUUAUAAGGAUGUUCAAGACCCUUCAGUAUUUGUAACUUUCCCUUUGGAAGAAGAUGAAACUGUAUCUUUAGUUGCUUGGACAACCACUCCCUGGACUCUACCUAGUAACCUUGCCGUCUGUGUUAAUCCAGAAAUGCAAUACGUGAAGAUUAAAGAUGUUGCCAGAGGAAAAUUGCUCAUUUUAAUGGAAGCCAGAUUGUCAGCCCUCUAUAAAUUGGAGAGUGACUAUGAGAUCCUUGAAAGAUUUCCUGGUACCUAUCUUAAAGGCAAGAAGUACAGGCCCUUGUUUGACUAUUUUGUGAAGUGUAAAGAGAAUGGCGCUUUCACUGUACUCGUAGACAACUAUGUGAAGGAAGAAGAAGGCACAGGGGUUGUCCACCAAGCUCCUUACUUUGGUGCUGAUGACUAUCGGGUCUGUAUGGACUUCAACAUUAUUCGGAAAGACUCACUCCCCGUUUGCCCUGUGGAUGCAUCAGGCUGCUUCACAGCAGAGGUGACACAUUUUGCAGGACAGUAUGUGAAGGAUGCUGACAAAAGUAUCAUCAGGACUUUGAAGGAACAAGGCCGACUUCUGGUUGCCACCACCUUCACUCACAGCUACCCUUUUUGCUGGAGAUCAGACACUCCCCUCAUUUACAAAGCGGUGCCCAGCUGGUUUGUGCGAGUGGAGAACAUGGUGGACCAGCUCCUAAGGAACAAUGACCUGUCUUACUGGGUCCCAGAGUUUGUGCGAGAAAAACGAUUUGGAAAUUGGCUGAAAGAUGCACGUGACUGGGCAAUUUCCAGAAACAGAUACUGGGGCACCCCUAUCCCACUGUGGGUCAGCGAUGACUUUAUGGAGGUAGUAUGCAUUGGGUCAAUGGCAGAACUUGAAGAACUCUCGGGAGCAAAGAUCUCAGAUCUCCACAGAGAGAGCGUUGACCACCUGACCAUUCCUUCACGCUGUGGGAAGGGAUCCUUGCACCGCAUCUCUGAAGUGUUUGACUGUUGGUUUGAGAGUGGCAGCAUGCCCUAUGCUCAGGUUCAUUAUCCAUUUGAAAACAAGAGGGAGUUUGAGGAUGCUUUUCCUGCAGACUUCAUUGCUGAGGGCAUCGACCAAACCAGAGGAUGGUUUUAUACCCUGCUGGUGCUGGCCACAGCCCUCUUCGGACAACCGCCUUUCAAGAAUGUAAUUGUGAAUGGGCUCGUCCUGGCAAGUGAUGGCCAAAAAAUGAGCAAACGGAAAAAGAAUUAUCCAGAUCCAGUUUCCAUUAUCCAGAAGUAUGGUGCUGAUGCGCUCAGAUUGUAUCUGAUUAACUCCCCUGUGGUGAGAGCAGAAAACCUCCGCUUUAAAGAGGAGGGUGUGCGGGACGUCCUUAAGGACGUACUGCUCCCAUGGUACAAUGCCUACCGCUUCUUCAUCCAGAACAUUGUGAGGCUUCAGAAGGAAGAAGAAAUAGAAUUUCUCUACAAUGAGAACACAGUUAGAAAAAGCCCCAACGUUACAGACCAGUGGAUCCUGUCCUUCAUGCAGUCUCUCAUUGACUUCUUUGCGACUGAAAUGGCAGCUUAUAGGCUUUACACUGUGGUGCCUCGCCUUGUCAAGUUUGUAGAUACUCUCACCAAUUGGUAUGUUCGAAUGAACCGCAGAAGAUUAAAGGGUGAAAACGGGGUGGAAGAUUGUGUCACGGCCCUAGAAACCUUGUUUAGUGUUCUGCUUUCUCUUUGCAGACUUAUGGCUCCCUACAUACCUUUUCUCACUGAAUUGAUGUACCAGAAUCUAAAGGUGCUGAUCGACCCUGUUUCUGUUCAAGACAAGGACACACUCAGCAUCCACUACCUCAUGCUGCCCCGUGUUCGAGAAGAAUUGAUUGAUAAGAAAAUAGAGAGUGCAAUAUCUCGGAUGCAGUCUGUGAUUGAACUUGGACGAGUGAUCAGAGACCGCAAAACUAUUCCCAUAAAGUAUCCUUUGAAAGAAAUUGUGGUUAUCCAUCAAGAUCCAGAAGCUCUUAAAGAUAUCAAGUCUUUGGAGAAGUAUGUCAUUGAGGAAUUAAAUGUUCGAAAAGUUACACUGUCUACAGAUAAAAACAAGUAUGGCAUUCGGCUAAGGGCAGAACCAGAUCACAUGGUCCUGGGGAAGCGUCUGAAGGGAGCCUUUAAGGCAGUGAUGACGUCCAUCAAGCAGCUGAGCAGUGAGGAGCUGGAGCAGUUCCAAAAGACUGGGACCAUUGUUGUGGAAGGCCACGAAUUGCAUGAUGAAGACAUCCGCCUCAUGUACACCUUUGAUCAGGCCACAGGUGGGACUGCACAAUUUGAAGCACACUCAGAUGCUCAGGCUUUGGUCCUCUUAGAUGUCACUCCUGACCAGUCAAUGGUGGAUGAAGGAAUGGCUCGGGAAGUCAUCAAUCGCAUACAGAAACUUCGCAAAAAGUGCCAUCUGGUUCCAACUGAUGAAAUCACAGUGUAUUACAACGCGAAGUCUGAAGGAAGAUAUCUGAAUAACAUUAUUGAAAGCCACACAGAGUUCAUAUUUGCCACCAUAAAGGCUCCCUUAAAACCAUAUCCAGUUCCUCCACCAGAUGAAAUCCUUAUUCAAGAAAAAACACAGUUGAAGGGAUCUGAACUGGAAAUUACACUUACCAGAGGAUCUUCCCUUCCUGGUCCUGCUUGUGCUUAUGUCAAUCUUAACAUUUGUGCAAAUGGCAGUGAACAAGGCGGAGUAUUGCUUCUGGAAAAUCCAAAAGGUGAUAAUAGGUUGGACCUUUUAAAACUGAAGAGUGUCGUCAGUAGCAUUUUUGGUGUGAGAAAAACAGACCUGGCUGUCUUCCAUAAUGAAACAGAAAUACAAAACCAAACCGACUUACUGGGUCUUAGUGGAAAAACACUGUGUGUGACUGCAGGAUUGGCUCCCUCUCCGAUCAACAGUUCCAGUACUCUUCUUUGUCAGUAUGUCAACCUGCAGCUCCUGAAUGCAGAGCCACAAGAGUGUUUAAUGGGGACAGUGGGUACUCUACUCCUUGAAAACCCACUUGGGCAGAAUGGACUCACCCACAAAGGCCUUCUAUAUGAAGCAGCCAAGGUGUUUGGCCUUCGGAGCAGAAAGCUAAAGCUAUUUCUGAAUGAGACCCAAACGCAAGAAAUUACAGAAGACAUCCCCAUGAAGACUUUGAAUAUGAAGACUGUGUAUGUUUCUGUAUUACAAACAACAGCAGACUUCUAGCAUGCACUUAGCAGUGUUCAGUCAGCCUUGCCCUGCUUACACCCAUCCCCAUGCAUAUGUGCACAUAGACACACACAUGAACACACUGAAGAUAUUUCCUUCAGGUGCAUGUAAAAUAUGCUGCUUGAUUGAAAUUCAAAUGGACUUGAUCAAUCAAGUAACUUGAGACCUCACAGUAAUCUUCACACUUAACCUUAGACACCUAUGCAGUCAUGUUGGGAGCAGCACCACCACAGUUAAACAAAGAAGGUUUUUGUUUUUUUUUUUUUGAGAUGGAGUUUCGCUGUUGUUACCUAGACUGGAGUGCAAUGGCACGAUCUCGGCUCACUGCAACCUCCUCCUUCUGGGUUCAAGCAAUUCUCCUGCCUCAGCCUCCCAAGUAGCUUGGACUACACACGCGCCCCACCAUGCCCAGCUAAUUUUUGUAUUUUUAGUAGAGACGGGGUUUCACCUCGUUGACCAGGAUGGUCUCGAUCUCUUGACCUCGUGAUCCACCCGCCUCAGCCUCCCAAAGUGCUGGGAUUAUAGGUGUGAGCCACCGUGCCUGGCCUAUACUUGAGUUCUAAGUAAAGAAGGUAGAAGCAAUUUAAAUGGUAUAGCAUAUAUAUCAUUUUCUGGCCUUUUAAAAUUUAUUUGAGACCGCCUGAUGAAAUGGACAUAUUAUAUAUUUCUGCCACUUGGAUUUUUCUGGAUAAUUUGAUGGAAUAUUUUAAGUUUCAGUAAAUCAGAACAAUAAACUCAGAUAUAAAUGUG